UGACCUAUGAACGGCUUUGUGUUAACUCGCACAUGCUCUCAACGUCAUCUCUCUUUGGUCUUCCGUGUCAACAUGGCGGCAUCCAUGGCAUCUCAAGCUGCAGCAAGAGGACUGAGGACAGUAACCUCAAAGCACAUACUUCUGGACAAACUCAAGUGCACCUGGUUGAGUCCCAGGAGAUGGCUGAAUCUGCAAGAGUACCAGAGCAAGAAGCUAAUGCAAGAGAGUGGCGUGACUGUCCAGCGCUUCUAUGUGGCGGACACAGCUUCUGAGGCCCUGGAGGCUGCGAAGAGACUCAAUGCUAAGGAGAUUGUGCUGAAAGCUCAGAUUCUGGCUGGUGGCAGAGGCAAGGGUGUGUUUGACAGUGGCCUUAAAGGUGGAGUGCACUUAACUAAGGACCCUGCGGUGGUUGGUGAACUGGCCAAUAAGAUGCUGGGUUUCAACCUGACUACUAAGCAGACACCGAAAGAGGGAGUGAAAGUGAAAACGGUGAUGGUUGCUGAGGCUCUGGAUAUUAGCAGGGAGACCUACUUCGCCAUCCUGAUGGACCGGUCCUGCAAUGGUCCCGUCAUGGUCGGAAGCCCCCAGGGAGGUAUGGAUAUUGAGGAGGUAGCUGCCAAGAGCCCAGAACUCAUCUUUAAGGAAGUCAUAGAUAUAUUUGAAGGUGUGAGAGACGACCAGGCGCUUCGCAUGGCAGCUAAUUUGGGUUUCAAAGGACCUCUGCAGAGACAGGCAGCAGACCAGAUUAAGAGGCUCUAUGAUCUGUUCCUGAAAGUCGACGCCACUCAGGUCGAAGUCAAUCCUCUCGGAGAGACUCCCGAAGGACAAGUGGUUUGCUUUGAUGCUAAGAUCAACUUUGACGACAACGCCGAGUUCCGUCAGAAAGCUGUGUUUGCCAUGGACGACAUGACUGAAAGCGACCCCACAGAGAUGGAGGCAGCCAAGUGGGAUCUCAAAUAUAUCGGACUGGAUGGAAACAUUGCCUGCUUCGUGAAUGGAGCCGGUUUGGCCAUGGCCACAUGUGACAUCAUUGACCUGCAUGGAGGAAAGCCAGCCAAUUUCCUGGACCUGGGGGGAGGUGUCAAAGAGAGGCAGGUGUAUGAGGCCUUUAAGCUGCUCACUGCUGACCCAAAGGUUGAGGCCAUCCUGGUCAACAUCUUUGGCGGGAUUGUCAACUGUGCCAUCAUCGCCAACGGCAUCACCAAGGCCUGUCGAGAACUGGAGCUGAAGGUGCCGCUGGUGGUCAGGCUGGAAGGGACCAACGUCCACGAGGCCAAGAAGAUUCUGACCGAGAGCGGCCUGCCCAUCACAGCGGCGGAAAACCUGGAUGACGCCGCCGUGAAAGCAGUGGCCGCCAUCAAGAAAUAGAAAACUCAGCGUAAUCCAGCUACACUUUGUCCGCCUAUCAUCAACAUACAUAACAGCCUCAGUUCAUCACCGUCAGCCUUUUUUUUUUUUUUUUCAAACCUUCAGACCUCAGUGACCACAAGCCUUUGCUCUGAUAGGCCUUCAUGUUUUUAAAAAUGAACGCUAGCUUCCAAACAAUGCUUUUCAUUGCUAUCUGAGGUUUUAAGGUGCUGUAUCACAAAGGAAUUUAAUUUUUACACUCACCUGUGCAGUGCAAAUUGGCUCUCAACUUUCUUUUUAUUAAAUGUAUAUUAAUUGGGAUAAAUCACUGCCAGGCUUGUUAUUAUUCUACAUCACAAAAUUCAGCAUAAUCUCAUCAUGGAAAUCUUCAAAGCUCUAGCGACGCAACAGUUUUUUGCAUUCCAUUUUCCAUAACACCUUUUAGCCUCAGCUUUAGGGUCUUUAAAUGCUCAGUAUGACUGAAAAAAAAAAUCCCGUUCAUGAGUUGCGAAAUCGUUUGAUGGCACUUCGAAGAAAAAGGCGAACAGCUAACUGUGGAUCAGUCAGCCUGUGACCGUGUCCAAGUUGGUCCAAGUCCAUUUAUCCAUCCAAUACCUUAUCUGUGUCUCAGAUGAGAUGAGUGAAGUAUCCAUGCUGUGAAUUUUGUACAACAUGUCUUAUUUGCUCAGUUUUGUGUGAAAUGCUUAAUUCUGUGCCUGUUUCACAAAGCCUAAAGGUUUUGGUAAACCUCAGCAGUGCUUCCAUACAGAGAGGUGAAAAAAAGGAAAUCAAAAGUCCACUUGUACUUAGAUUUUUUAUAAUCGUAAAUGUAUAUUGACAGGAUAUCUUGAAUACAGUGUGAAAACAGUGUAUAUAAUUUGAGAGAUUAAAUGCAAAUAUUUCAUGAUUA